AUGUCGUUGCUUGAUGAAAUUGUUAUUGAUUUAGAUGACCAGAAUUCAGGAUCUACCAUAAUAUCGCGAUUGCAAGGAACUACUCAAAGCUCUGGAGCUAGAGUAAUUUUAGUGUGCACAGAUUCCACACAUGCUGCUCAGCUUCUACGAGCUGCUGACGUCAGUGUUAUGGGUGGGUCAGGAUUUGCGUGGAUUUUUUGCAGUGAUGCAAUGGUGGACUUGGGAGAAGUUUCAAAAAAUUCUUAUGCUGAUCUUGAUUCGAAUACUUUUGGGAUAUUGAAAACUGGUGCAAUAGAUUUAAGAUUUAAGGGAUUAAGUCUUCCAGAAUUGAUGCCUCUGCACGCUUGCUUCACCAUAGCCUGCUUUCAAGAGGAAUUCAGUCGCCUGAACCCUGUAUAACAGAGGUCUAAUCCCGGGCUUGCACUAUUAUCCCUGAGUCUCAAUGGAUUAGAAAGAUUCCUCAUGCUUCACGUCUUAGGUGCUAUGGAGGCAAAGGUCAGCUGACGCCUCCUGCGGCCACUUCGAGGAAGGGUAGCAUCCAGAAAAAAGAACCACAGUCUCCCGGAGCGAAAGGAAAAGACCGUUACCCAAAAGCCAUUGGACAAUUAAUGCCUGGACUGGAAUGAUCAUCAGCUGACUCCCAAGGUAUUCCUAGCCCAUACGGCAGCGACUAUGCAUAGUAAGGGUUAGGAUCAAAGGGCCUGAACCUUGUUUAGGCUAUAAAACCAUUUUGACGCCCAAAGUGGUGUGCCUCUAUCACGGACAUAUUUCAACGCCACCACUAUAUUAAUUAUCUGGCGCAAUAGGAUUUGUAGCUUCUGACGAUUCCUAUCUGACAAGUUUUCCGCUUGGAAAUAUAAUUACUGCUCUUACGUUAGCAAGUCAAUAUGUGCUCAGUAUUGAUUUAUUGCAGACCCAGAUUUCUGGCGCAGCUAUUGCACAGUACAUUUUAACUUACUUACUUACUCAAUUAGGCGGUUAGUCGAGGUCCGUUUUGUUAACUCGGUUACCAAGGAUCCCACUGGGGAAUUCAUCCGCUUUGCGGGACGCGUACUUCCUUCAGGUUUCCUCCGACAUCUCCUCCUUGCCACUUCGCGGUGGCUCCAGUCUUGAGUGGGCGGGCUAUGGGUUCCAGGGGCCUUGCUUCAGGCUGCAGUGACGAGGUUGCCUGCACGGAAAAUCCAAAAAUGGAUUUUCUGGCCGACUGUCGGCAAAAGGGAAAACUUGUAGCCCAGGGCGUAAUCCCUGAUUUAACGGUAGUGCAGUGCCCAAAUGGUCCAAAGGACUUUGCUGGGUAACACCUUUUCCAACUGCAAGCCUCCUUUGUCCUCGAGGUAAAACCCAAACCAGAAAAAGGACAAGGGCUAGGCUGCUUACACCACAGGAGUUGCUUACCUAGCAUAGCAGCCCAUUUCCAGCUUGUUAAAACCUUGCCGGAUAUAAUUAAAAUAUGUACUCGGAAGCUACAUGGCCGGAGGCCAUGCCAGGUGGAGACACCAUAUUUUAAUUAUAUCCAGUACAUUUAACAAAUCCUUCCACACCUACACUAGAUUAUUCCAUAAAGGUUGACAAAAAUGGGAUUAAGAUUAAGAUUAAGUUAAGCCGUUCGCAUUUGCAGGGCCGGGGAUUUGCACCCCUUCACGCUCAUCGCCUAUGGUGAGGCCUCGGCGGACACCCUUCCUUGUUGCCGCAAACAAGGGACUCGCACACACCAGUCUUGACUUCCAAGGCUCCUGGGGUCUAAGGGCCAAUUAAUCGGAUCGAAAAUCCCAGUUUCUCGUUAGGCAAAAUACCGUCUUCAAGGUCUGUGGGUCAUAUUGCCCACAGACAUUGGCCGACCUUGCCCUUUCCAAUGAUUGUCCUGGAGGAAAAACCCCAAGUCCCAAGGAUUAGCUCCCUGAGGCCCGGAGAAAACCCAGCCCACAUAUAUAAAGGGUUUCUGGCCUCUUUCCACCCAAAUCCCCAACACUGGGUCAUUGCCUGCAGGUGUUGAGGAAAUAGGGCUGGGAGGUCGGGUGGCUCGUCGUCGCCAUUUUUAUGUAUAUGACAAAAAUGGGAUAAAGGUGUCGAGCUAUUAUAUUUACAACAUCCAGAACUUCUUAGAGGUAUAUGUAGGUAAAUGGGAUUCCUCAUCAAGAACUAUCAAUACUUCUGGAAGCUCGAUUACUUGGCCUGGUUUUACAACGACAGUCCCAAAUGAUAAAAUUCCUCUGCUAACUAUUUGUUUGCUUUAUCCUGCCCAUGACCAAGACGGAAAUACAUAUAGUGGCGCUACUGCAAUAAAAAACGGUUUUGAUCUUGGAGUCAAAGAAGUAAACUCUAAGGGUAUUAUGGGUGAUUAUCAAAUUAUUGUUGAAUAUAAAGACACUUAUAUGAAUAAAGACCUUGCUGCAUCUAAUAUUAAAUCCUUGGCGAGCUUUAAUAUACUAGCUUACGUUGGCCCUUAUAAGACAGAAGAAUCAAUUGCUUAUUCUUCUGCUAUUUCUGGCACCUCAGACCCAAAACCACUGAUUUCUUAUGGAUCUACAUGAACAAAUUUAACAAGCACUGAUACCUACCCUCAGUUCAUGAGACUAAUAGAAGCAGACGACCUAGAAGGUGUUGCUCUUGCCUUAUUUAUUCAACAAAUAGGCUGAAAAACAAUCGGUGUUGUAUACACAGGAGACGAGUAUGGAAUAGAUGUGUACACUUCUUUUAUGAGCAAUAUAAAAACUCUUGGGAUUACAGUGAAAAAUGAUGUAGACAAGCGAAAAAUUUACCUACGACCCAUAAUUAAAAUGGAGAUAUCCGAGUAGGGUAGUUCUCUUACAUCGGGCUCAGUGAAGGGGAACUUUGGCUCUUCUGAGAGAGCUUAACCUAAUGAGGCAUUACCCAUUAGCACUAUGUAGUGGAAGAAGAACGUUCUUUGAAGCAGGGUGACGGAAAUUCUAAUAGUUGAGCAAUUGCCGAUCCAUUGCUCAAAGCGGAAAACGUAUCAUGUAAAAGGCUUCAGAAAGCAAAUGGAAAGUAGUUUUACUAAUUAAUUACCUACAAUCCAGAUUUAGGCCUGACCUCAACAACAAAAAAUAGUGUCGAUAAAGUUUUAUCAAACAUAGUCAGGCAUCAAAUAAAAGUUAUUGUAUAUAUUGGAUCUUAUACUAUUGGCGUGCAAGUGGCCCUUACUGCUCACAAAAAAGAAAUUUAUGGUAGUGACUAUGCAUGGGUUGGCCCCAGAUGGCUAACUUCAGAGCUUACAUCAUUGAUUACAGCAAACUAUAAAGAUGAUGCAAGCACAAUUUAUUCUGUCAUUAAUGGCGCUUUUGGAUUGGCUUAUAGAAGAGCUAUUGGCGAUACUGGGGCUUCAUUUGAAGCUAGUUAUACAAAAGCAUAUAAUUCCAGCUAUUCGGUAUAUGGGAUGUACGCUUAUGAUGCAAUUUAUCUAAUUGCUACAACUGUGCAGUCAAUGAUUUCUAAUGGAGAAGAUUUCAACUCAGGCACUGAUCUUACAAAAGCUCUGAGAUCGGCUGAUAUUACUGGGGUUAGCGGGAUUAUAAAGUUUAUUGAUGGAUCUAAUGAUAGAUCUGGAUUUGGGUUUUCUGUAGUCAAUAUGCAAGACAACUCCAUUGUGACUAUCCAAACAUAUGAUCCAAGCAACCCAACUGUUUUUACCAAUAUAGCAGGCGUCUCUAUAGUAUUCAGCGGAGAAAGCGCAAGUCCACCAUCUGACCAUUGGUCAAGCUCAUAUGACUGCCCGUUUGCAGAAAACAUGGUAUCUAUUGAUUGGGACGGUGUCGUUAUUGUUAUCUGUAUUGGUUUCUUUUUAUUUGCACUUACCUUGCUGCUCAGUUAUUUUGCUUAUAAAAAAUGGAAACAGCUUGAAUUCCAAGAAAUCACUGAGCCAGUCGUCAGGUCAUGGAAAGACAAUUUGGUCAUCAUUACCAUUAUUAUCGAAUUUUUCCAAUUUGUGGCAAUUGCUCCCACAUUCCCAGCAUUUAAAACAGUCAUUGAAUCAGCAGCAAAUAUUUUUAUGGUUGAUGUUCUAAAAAUGACCCAUGGGAAUAAAAGCACUUAUUGGACUAUGCUGAUUGUGGUGUCAGUUUUAUGCUAUGCCUGGUUCUUCUUGAUUAUGCUUAUUAUGGCUAACGCAGAAAAAUGGCUUGCACAAAUACCAUUAUGCCAGAGAUUUAUGGGGCUUGUGAAUACCAUGUAUUUGCCGUUUUUUGGGAAUACAAUGUUUUUGCCUUUUAUGACGAUGCUACUUGAUGUCUUUGUGUGUGACCAUAAAGCUCAGGCUAAAGCAUUUGUGUGGAGAGAUUGCUAUAUGAACUGCUGAACAAGCAGCCAUUAUCCGUAUAUUGUGAUGUCAGCUCUGGCAUUAUCAUGCUACCAGCCUGUAGCUGUAUUUUCUCGUCCACUAUGGCAGCAAGCCAAAACUGGUGUAAAUCUUAUGGUGAAGCCAUUUUUCCUACUCUUUAAAACAUGUGUGCAAAUUCUGCUUAUUGCAGUAGGUAAAUCUUUGCAAGGCUCACAGCCUAUAGCUCAUGGAAUUUUAUUUUCAAUCCUAAUCCUGCUUUUCUCUAUCGUUACUUAUAAAAUCAGACCAUUUAACUAUGGAAGAUGCAAUUUAUGGGAGCUUUCUUCACUUAUUGGGGUGUUUUAUAUUGCUGUGCUUGCAACAAUUUCAAAUGCCGCGGACUCGAAUAUUAAGCUCAACCUUAAAUAGAUAAUGAAUAUAUUAUUUUUAUUUAUUUUGGAAUAUUUAAGGGAAACAGUAUAAUAUCGCUUGGUUUAUUGUACUUUUUAUAGGUUGGGGGGUAAUCGGAAUAGUAACUUUAAUAGUCCAGAAAAAAUAUUAUCCGAAUUUCUUGGUUCCUGCAGCUGGGAAUAUACAUUAAAAUGGCGACACGUGUCAACCUGCCUCUUGGCGCAGCAGUCCAGACCUUAUGGCUAAGGCGAACUGGAACUGAUUCUGAGCCGAGAAUCUAGUGCAGGCUCAAGAGGUGUGCAUCCGGGUAGGUUUUGGCUGCUUUCCUGUGGUUGGAAAUGGAGGUGCUCAACAACGUCCUUUGGAUCCGAUGACCCAUGGGCAUUCCUCUACAGAGAAACUGGGGGUUUCGGCCCAGGCCAUAGGGGAGCAGUCUUUUUCCUGUAACUGUCGAAGAAAGGCACUUUGACACCCGAUAGACUCCAAGGAUCCUUGGAAUCAAGCUACUCCAGUCGCCCGGAGCAGGGCCGCAGAAAUCCAUAAGCUGCCCACUUAAAGACUGAAGCCUCAAAGCAAAGAGGAGACAGAAGGUACCGGAAGGGCACUCACAAGAGGGAUAGACCACUGGGCUGGAGUCGAAAAGCGGUAGAACCUCCCGUAAACGAGGUCUUUGGUGACUGCGUGACCAAUAUGGCGAGUGCCUGAAUUUAAAAUUCUAAUCCUAAUCCUGCAGCUGGGAAGUCAAGAAGUAAAAUAUACGAUGCCUUGAAGUUCCAAAAAGAUGAGAGCAUGGACGUAGAUAACUCUGUAGUCGGGCUAAGACAGCAUAACCAAAGCCCUGCUGACGAAUCUCGUCUUGACCAGGACAAUGAUCGCAACAAUGAUGUCGAGAGCAUUGGAAAUAGAAAAGGUCUUACUCCCCCCCCUUCGUGAGCGAACAAAAAAAUUGUUCACUCACGGAGGGGGUUAAUUAUUUUUUUAAAAAAAUUUAUAUAUAAAUUUUCUAUAAAUUAUUUUUUUCGAAAUUUAAAAAAAUCUCACUUCUAUAAAAAUUGGAAAGCAAAUAUUAAUUUAAUUAAUAAAAUUUAUGUUUUAAAACGCAAUUUGCUUAAAAUUAAACAGAAUUAGCUCGAGAUUUCAUUAUACUAAUUAUCACUUAUAUAUCAAAUUUUUUUUCCAUAAAAAAUUUUUCUAUUAAAAAAAUUUUUGUUAACUCACGGAGGGUGGGUUUUUGGGCAAAAAAUAAGGAUUUUUCUAAUGGUUUUGUUCACUCACGGAGGGGGGGAGUUAGCUAA